UCUAAAGUCGCCGGCGUCAGUGUUUCCAGCAGCAGUGAUCCAGCUUUGGCACCUUCAGCUCCAAUGACUGGACUUUUUAAUCUGUGAGGAGAGCCAGGUCCCAGUGUGUCUGCUGUCAGCAUCACUGCUGUAAGUCUCCAAUGCUUAGUUGCAGAAAGUGCGAAUUCAGCAGCAUGAAUCAGUGUGAGGACAGAAACGAGGAAGCCCCUCCCUCUGAAACCUGUCUGUGUUGGGACCAUGAGAACCAGAACAAAGCUCAGUGCUUUGUGUCCUUGAAGAGCAAUGAGUCAAAGAGCCAGCCUAUUGCUUUUAAAGGCCAACCUGUAUUACAGUCUAAAGUGGACCUGCAGAGCUCAGAGGUUCCCAGUGACCAGCCUGUCCAGCAGCACCAAACACACCUGGACUCCAUAUUUAUGCUGCUGGAGGAAAACAUUGUCACUUUUGUGAAGAAGGAGUUAAAGGAGAUCCAGAAGCUUCUGCGUCCAGAUUACCCAGAAUGCUUAGAGAGUCAGAGGGAGGAUGAGGAGAAGUUAGAUGGUGAGGAUGAGGAGCACAGGAGGAGCAGCAGAGAUGCAUUUCUGAAGAUCACACUGAACUUCCUGAGGAGGAUGAAGCAGGAGGAGCUGGCUGACUGUCUGCAGAGCAAGUCUUCAGUUCCGGUUUGUUGGCAUCAACUUAAAUCUCAGCUGAAGCAGAAGUUCCAGUUUGUUUUUGCAGGCAUUGCUAAAGCUGGAAACCCAACCCCUCUGAACCAGUUCUACACAGAGCUCUACAUCACAGAGGGAGGAACUGGAGAGGUCAACGAUGAACAUGAGAUCAGACACAUUGAAACAGCCUCCAGGAAACAAUGCAAAGCAGAAACAUCCAUCAGACCUGAAGACAUCUUUAAAGGCUCAGCUGGAAGAGACAGAGCCAUCAGAACAGUGAUGACAAAGGGAGUGGCUGGCAUUGGGAAAACAGUCCUAACACAGAAGUUCACUCUGGACUGGGCUGAAGGCAAAGCCAACCAGGACAUACACUUCACAUUUCCAUUCACCUUCAGAGAGCUGAAUGUGCUGAAGGAGCAAAAGUUCAGCUUAGUGGAACUUGUUCAUCACUUCUUCACUAAAACCAAAGCAGCAGGAAUCUACAGGCUUGACCAGUUCCAGGUUGUUUUCAUCUUGGACGGUCUAGAUGAGUGUCGACUUCCUCUGGACUUCAACAAGACAAAAACCCUAACUGAUGUCACAGAGUCCACCUCAGUGGAUGUGCUGCUGACAAACCUGAUCAGGGGGAACCUGCUUCCCUCUGCUCACCUCUGGAUCACCACACGACCUGCAGCAGCCAAUCAGAUCCCUCCUCGGUGUGUUGACCUGGUGACAGAGGUCAGAGGGUUCACUGACCCACAGAAGGACGAGUACUUCAGGAAGAGGUUCACAGAUGAGCAGCAGGCCACAACAAUCAUCUCCCACAUCAAGACGUCACGAAGCCUCCACAUCAUGUGCCACAUCCCAGUCUUCUGCUGGAUCACUGCUACGGUUCUGGAGGAUGUGUUGAAAACCAGAGAGGGAGGAGAGCUGCCCAAGACCCUGACUGAGAUGUACAUCCACUUCCUGGUGGUUCAGACCAAAGUGAAGAACAUCAAGUAUGAGGGAGGAGCUGAGACAGAUCCACUCUGGAGUCCAGAGAACAGGGAGAUGAUUGAGUCACUGGGAAAACUGGCUUUUAAACAGCUGCAGAAAGGAAACCUGAUCUUCUAUGAGUCAGACCUGACAGAGUGUGGCAUCGAUAUCAGAGCAGCCUCAGUUUACUCAGGAGUGCUCACACAGAUCUUUAAAGAGGAGAGAGGACUGUACCAGGACAAGGUGUUCUGCUUCGUCCAUCUGAGUGUUCAGGAAUUUCUGGCUGCUCUUCAUUGUCAUCUGGCCUUUAUCAAGUCUGGAGUCAAUCUGUUUUCACAACAAUAUUCAAAUUGUCUAUGUUCUAAACUGUUGAGCUGUUGUAGAAAGAAACCUGACCCAACACAGUUCUACCAUGAUGCUGUGGACGAGGCCUUACAGAGUCUAAAUGGAUGCCUGGACCUGUCCCUUCGUUUCCUCCUGGGUCUUUCACUGCAAAGCAACCAGAUUUUCCUACAAGGUUUAAUGACACAGACAGGAAAUAGAUUAAAUGUCAAUCAGGCAACUGUUCUGUACAUCAAGGAGAAGAUCUCAGAGUCUUCUUCUUCAGAGCAAAGCAUCAACCUGUUCCACUGUCUGAAUGAACUGAAUGAUUGUUCUCUAGUGGAGGAGAUCCAACAGCACCUAAGAUCAGGAAGUAUUUCUACAUCUAAACUGUCUCCUGCUCAGUGGUCAGCGCUGGUCUUCUUCUUAUUGUCAUCAGACAAAGACUUUGACGUAUUUGAUCUGAAUAAAUUCUCUUCAUCAGAGGAGGCUCUUCUGAGACUGCUGCCUGUGGUUAAAGUCUCCAACAAAGCUCUUCUGAGUGGCUGUAACCUGUCAGAGAGAAGCUGUGAAGCUCUGUCCUCAGUUCUCAGCUCUCAGUCAUCUAGUCUGAGAGAACUGGACCUGAGUAACAACGACCUGCAGGAUUCAGGAGUGAAGUUACUGUCUGAUGGACUGAAGAGUCCUCACUGUCAACUGGAGACUCUCAGGCUGUCAGGUUGUCUGGUCACAGAGGAAGGCUGUGUUUCUCUGGCCUCAGCUCUGAGCUUUAACCCCUCCCAUCUGAGAGAGCUGGACCUAAGCUACAACCAUCCAGGAGAAUCAGGAGAAAAGCUGCUGUUUGCUGGACUGGAGGAUCCACACUGGAGACUGGACACUCUCAGGAUGGAGCCUAGUGGAGUCCAAUGGUUGAGACCAGGUCUGAGGAAGUAUUUCUGUCAACUCACAAUUGACACAAACACCGUGAACAGAAAACUACAACUGUCUGACAACAACAGGAAGGUGACACGUGUGAUUAAGGAUCAGCCAUAUCCUGAUCAUCCAGACAGAUUUGACUGGAAUCCUCAGCUGCUGUGUAGUAAUGGUCUGACUGGUCGCUGUUACUGGGAAGUUGAGUGGAGAGGACAGGUUGAUAUAUCAGUAAGUUACAGAGGAAUCAAAAGAAGAGGAGACAGUAAAGACUGUUUAUUUGGAUGGAACAAACAGUCCUGGAGUCUAUUCUGCUCUGAUGAUGGAGGUUCUUCUGUCCGUUACAAUAACAAAGACACGUCCAUCUCCUUCUCUGUGUCUAACAGAGUAUCAAUGUAUGUGGACUGUCCUGCUGGUUGUCUGUCCUUUUACAGUGUCUCCUCUGACAAACUGAUUCACCUUCACACCUUCUACAAAACAUUCACUGAACCACUUUAUGCUGGGUUUGGAGUCUGGCCUGGUUCCUCAGUGUCUCUGUGUAGAAUUUUGGACAAAAAGGCUACUAAAUUGAUCUCAAACAUCUGCUCAGGGGCCUCUGUCCACUGUCCCACUGUUAAAAAUAGCUAAAUGCUACACACAGACUGGACAAAUUCCUUUUCUGGGUGAUAUUUAAUACAUUCCUCGGCCAGAUCAAUCUAGAUCAGUGGCCAGACUGACAGAAUACCCAAAAGACACAACUACUUUACUAGGCCUUGUUACAAACUGCUACACUGCUCACCCACAAACAAGACCAAUGUCGACAUCUAGGGCCAACCAAAUCUUCAACUGGGAAAUAUUAACCCCACUAACUAAGGCCUGCUCAACUUGAAGCUGAGGCCAGACAACAAACUCUAUGGAGAACUUCAAACUCAAGGCGUGCUUAUAAAGGAGUAGAGGCCAGACCAAAGGACAGAAGGGUGAGAACCCACAUGCAAGGACUCAUAUCACAUGUUUAUGAAUAAUUAAAUUUAAUAAGGAACACAAACGACAAAAACAGUAAUCACUGCAUACUGUAGCAGGAUGAUGACGCUAACACAAAAAGAUAAAGGCUGAAUACACAAACUGAAGUUACACAAACUCUGAAUCCCUGCCAAAGACGUGAAAUCAUAGAGUACGUACGAAUGUACCUGCAAACACUGCAGGACUGCAAGGCACACACAGGUGAAAAAGACAAUACAAGAUUCAUAAUAAAAAGUACAGAAAAACCUUUGAUGCAACCAGGACGCAAACUCACACAGAGAUUGGAAGCAGCAGGCAUACAGUAUACCACAUCAUCAACAGACCAACAAAGGCAAAGAGACUGGGAAGCCCUUCAAUAGAGAGUAUGGUGUAGGUGAUCAGCAUAAUCAGACCAGGCACAGACAGGAAAGAUAACAGAAACGACAUGAUACCAUAAACACUACACAACAGCCCCUCCAAUAAUUGGAGGGCUGAAUUGUCACAGACCUGCUAUUCAGUAAGGUGAGGCCAGACUGACUGACAAUGGCAAAGACUCAUGUACACAACAUGUACAAGAAUUAAUACCUUCAUCAGACACUAGACACCAUAAAUACAUUCAGUGUAAAACAAUGAAAUACAACAGAGAUAGUUAAAAAAAAUAUGAAAAUUCACUACAUUGAAGACAAUAUGUCUUCAUCUAUAAUCGUUUCAUGUCUGUGCUAAUUUUGAGUCUUUGUUGUAGUGAGUCAGUGUAAUCUAAAUUAGUUCCCUUUCAUUUAGCUCAGAAAGUAUUAGUAUCAGUUUAAUGCCAUAUGUGUUUAUUGAAACAACAAAUCAUGUCCAGUAUGAGCAUGUAUCUCCAUAUAAAACACAAAGGUCACUUGUUAGGGGAUAACAAUGUUUCACUUCCUGGACAAAGUACAUAACUGAAUUGAAGACUAAAGAAGCUAAGUGUAUAGAUAACUGUGGUGGUGUUUCACCGUAGAGGAACAACAUCCAGAUUCAUCAACUCUACUUCCAGUUGUCAUCCGAAACCUCAUUAAUACCAGUACUGUAUAUCUAGACUACUACUCCCAUCAGCCACCUCUGGACUACAGUCUGGAAGUUGUUUCACGUGGAAAACAGAUGAGAGCAGGUAGCAGCAGGAGAAAAAUAUAAAAGGUGUUGAUAAAGCCGUUGUCAAGUGAAAAGUUCUCAUAUGCUGUGAAUUUGAAUAUAUAAAUAAAUAAAUAUAUAAAUGUG